AACUUCUCCGUGCGAUUCACACACACACAGAGGCCCAGAAGAGAGGGAGAUUAAGAAUUGUCAAGGUUUCUUCCUCGCAAUGGAUUCAAGACAGAAUGUUCAACAACAAAACAGAGUGGCAGCAGCCGUCCCUGGGGGUGUCAAGAAGCAGAACAACAUGGCUGCAGAAAGGAAAAAUCGACGAGCACUUGGUGACAUUGGGAAUCAUGUUACGAUUCCUGAGAUUGAUGGCAAGCCACUGCCUCAAAUCUGUCGCCCCGUUACAAGGAGUUUUUGUGCACAAUUGCUGGCGAAUGCACAGGCUGCAGCAGCUGAAAAGACCAAGAAGAAUUCCAUGUCAGUCAAUGCAAAUGGAGGCAUUGCAGUAGAUGGAGCAAUCCCAAAAGAUGUGGCGAAAAAACCAGCCCAGAAAAAAGCUAUUACGAAACCAAAACCAAAACCCGAGGAGAUAAUCAAUAUUAGUUCUGACGCAGAAGAAGCUAAGAAGGAGAAGCCCGUAGUAAGCAAGGAAAAGGCUGAACAACAGUCACUGGAGAAGAAAGCUCCAACUCUUACAUCAACUCUCACUGCUCGAAGCAAGGCUGCUUGUGGGCAGAUAGUUGAUAUUGAUGCUGCAGAUGUGAAUAAUGAUUUGGCUGUUGUGGAAUAUGUUGAAGAAAUAUAUAAGUUCUAUAAGCUAGUUGAGAAUGAAAGUCGGGUUCAUGACUACAUGGAUUCACAACCCGAGAUAAACGAGAAGAUGAGAGCAAUUUUGGUUGAUUGGUUGAUUCAAGUCCACCACAAAUUCGAGCUUUCACCAGAGACUCUUUACUUGACUAUCAACAUUGUUGAUCGCUAUCUAGCGGUAAAGACAACAUCGAGAAGGGAACUUCAGUUGUUAGGCAUAAGCUCGAUGCUUAUUGCCUCUAAAUACGAAGAAAUUUGGGCUCCUGAGGUCAAUGACUUGGUGUGCAUAUCAGACAGAGCCUAUACCAAUGAACAGGUCUUGCGUAUGGAGAAACGCAUACUCGGUGAAUUGGAGUGGAACUUAACAGUUCCCACACCGUAUGUGUUCCUUGUACGGUUCAUAAAAGCUUCUUUACCUGAUUCUGAUGCAAGUAUAUCUCGACUUGGCUACGAACCAUAUAAGGUGGAGAACUUGGUAUAUUUUCUAGCAGAGCUUGGAAUGAUGAAUUAUGCCACUGUUAUGCAUUGUCCAUCCAUGAUUGCUGCCUCGGCAAUCUAUGCUGCAAGAUGCACCCUAAAUAAGGUGCCAGUAUGGACCAAGACGCUUAAAAUCCACACAGGUUUCUCAGAGCCACAACUUAUGGAGUGCGCUAAGCUACUGGUUAGCUUCCAUUCGAUGGCUGCAGCUCACAAGCUGAAGGUGAUCUACAAGAAAUACUCGAGUCCUGAGCGAGGGGCUGUCGCGUUGCUGCCACCAGCCCAGUCUCUAUUGGCUGCGUCAUAAACUUCUUAUGGCGUUUGAAACUUUUAUUCAGUGAUUCUUUCUUUCAUUUACACUAUCAUUCUCUCUGAAAUUAUGAGUCAAAGUAUUUGAUGACUUCGAAUAUAUUUUUCUCCUUUAUUUUGACAAUAUCAUUGCGUCGUCUGUGACUUCAUCUGUGAAGAGUGCAUGCAAUUGUCAUACAAAAAACACAAGAAGUUUUUGAGACAUGUUGCAAUUCAAACACGAGAUUAGGGAUAUAUACUUAUUUAUCUAAUACAAUUUAG